UAUUUCUUUCAUCAACCACAAAGAUCUCUCUACUCUUACUUUCAAUACAUCUCUAAGAACACUAAAAACAGCGACUUCACUAAUGACAGGAAUCAAAGUUUUCGGUCACCCAGCUUCCACAGCCACGAGAAGAGUUCUCAUCGCCCUACACGAGAAGAAUCUCGACUUUGAGUUCGUUCAUAUCGAGCUUAAAGAUGGUGAACACAAGAAAGAGCCUUUCAUCCAUCGCAACCCUUUUGGCAAAGUUCCAGCCUUUGAAGAUGGAGACUUCAAGCUUUUUGAAUCAAGAGCAAUUACUCAAUACAUAGCACAUAAUUUCGCAGACAAAGGAACCAACCUUCUCUCACCAGGCAAGACCAUGGCCAACAUAGCCAUGGGAAUAGAAAUCGAAAAAAAUGAGUUUGAUCCAAUUGGUUCAAAGCUUGUUUGGGAGCAAGUCCUCAAGCCGUUGUACGGUAUGACCACAGACAAAGCCGUCGUUGAAGAAGAAGAGGCUAAGUUAGCCAAAGUUCUCGAUGUUUACGAACACAGGCUUGGUGAGUCUAAGUAUUUGGCUGCUGACCACUUCACUUUGGUCGAUCUUCUCCUCAUCCCUGUGAUUCAGUACUUGCUUGGUACUCCAACUAAGAAACUCUUCGACGAGCGUACACAUGUCAGUGCUUGGGUUGCUGACGUCACUUCUAGGCCUUCCGCAAAGAAGGUUCUCUAAAUGAGUCAAACUGUUAACCACAAGGUCGAAUAAACAUGGCGAUGAGCUCAUUGCCUGAAUUCUCAUAAACUCUCUUUUAUACUUUUGUGUGUGUUUCCUCUGUUUUUAUUUUUCGUGUGUACUCUGUUUUUCUCUGCUACCGAGUGAGUGAUUGGUUUGAAUGUAACCUUCAAUAAAGAGUCUUUGAUGAAUAAAACAAAUAUCUUCGUUAUCCUAAA